CUGCUUGCAGAGGUCAGAGUGAACAUACUCCUCAUUUUCUGCAAGAUGCCAGCAGAAAGACUGUAUCAUCUGAUUCAAGGAUAUUUCUUCCACAAAGUUCUGCUUUACACAGAAGCUCAAAGGUGUGCAGGUCGGUGAGGCCUUGAGACUACCCACCAAGAUGGUGGCCUUGUCACUAAAGAUUUGUGUACGCCAGUGCAAUGUGGUGAAGACGAUGCAGUUCGAGCCGUUCACCCCUGUGUACGAUGCCUGCCGGAUCAUCAGGGAGAGAGUUCCAGAAGCCCAGACGGGACAAGCUUCAGAUUAUGGCUUGUUCCUGUCUGACGAUGAUCCCAGGAAAGGAAUCUGGCUGGAGUCUGGAAGAACCCUGGAUUACUACAUGCUGCGAAAUGGAGAUGUCUUGGAGUAUAAAAAGAAACAGAGGCCUCAAAAGAUCAAAAUGCUGGAUGGUGCAGUAAAAACCAUCAUGGUGGAUGACUCAAAAACAGUUGGGGAGCUGCUUGUCACCAUAUGCAGCCGAAUAGGAAUCACCAACUAUGAGGAGUACUCGCUCAUCCAAGAGUUGACGGAGGACAAAAAGGAAGAUGGGAUGGGGACGCUGAAGAAAGAUCGAACUCUUUUGCAGCGAGAUGAGAGGAAAAUGGAGAAGCUCAAAGCCAAACUCCACACAGAUGAUGAUCUGAACUGGUUGGAUCACAGCAGGACAUUCAGGGAGCAGGGAGUGGAGGAGAGUGAGACCCUACUGCUCAGGCGCAAGUUCUUCUAUUCAGACCAGAAUGUGGAUUCGCGGGAUCCCGUCCAGCUAAACUUGCUGUAUGUUCAGGCGAGGGAUGACAUAUUGAAUGGAUCCCACCCUGUCUCCUUUGAUAAAGCCUGUGAGUUUGCAGGCUUCCAAGCCCAGAUCCAGUUCGGCCCCCACGUGGAACACAAACACAAGCCUGGAUUCCUGGACCUGAAGGAGUUCCUACCUAAAGAAUAUGUCAAGCAGAGAGGGUCCGAGAAGAAAAUAUUCCAAGACCAUAAAGACUGUGGGGAGAUGACAGAGAUCGAGGGAAAAGUCAAAUACGUGAAGCUUGCAAGGUCCCUGCAGACAUAUGGAGUGUCCUUCUUUCUGGUUAAGGAAAAGAUGAAGGGUAAAAAUAAGCUGGUCCCACGGUUGCUGGGGAUAACCAAAGAGUCGGUGAUGCGGGUUGAUGAGAAGACGAAGGAUGUGGUGCAGGAAUGGCCCCUCACAACGGUCAAGAGAUGGGCGGCCUCCCCCAAGAGUUUCACCUUGGAUUUUGGAGAGUACCAGGAAAGUUACUACUCAGUCCAGACUACAGAAGGAGAACAGAUAUCCCAACUUAUCGCUGGAUACAUCGACAUCAUUCUUAAAAAGAAGCAGAGCAAAGAUCGAUUUGGCCUGGAGGGAGAUGAGGAAUCCACCAUGCUGGAGGAAUCAGUUUCCCCUAAGAGAUCCACAAUUUUGCAGCAGCAGUUCAAUCGGGUAGGCCGCGUAGAGCAUGGAUCGGUAGCCAUACCGGGCAUAAUACGCUCAGGCUCCAUUGGAGGCCCUGACACCUUCAACGUGGGGUCCAUGCCCACUGCCCAGCAGCAAAUCACCACGGGGCAAAUGCACCGGGGACACAUGCCCCCACUGAGUCUUGCCCAACAGGCCUUGAUGGGAACCAUCAACAGCAGUAUGCAGGCGGUCCAGCAGGCCCAGGCUGACCUGGGACAUGUCGAUCAUCUGCCUCCACUGGGCCACGACUUGGCAUCCAGAGUUUGGGUUCAGAACAAAGUGGAUGAAUCCAAACAUGAAAUCCACUCUCAGGUUGAUGCCAUCACCGCAGGAACAGCAUCCGUGGUCAAUCUCACGGCCGGUGAGCCCACAGAGACUGACUACACAGCCGUGGGCUGCGCCAUCACCACCAUCUCCUCCAACCUCACAGAGAUGUCUAAGGGUGUCAAGCUGCUCGCGGCACUAAUGGAUGAUGAGGUGGGGAGCGGACACAAGCUCAUGGGCGCUGCCAGGAUGCUUGCGGGAGCUGUGUCAGAUCUGCUCAGAUCUGUUGAGCCUGCAGCCGCCGAGCCCAGACAGACGGUGCUGACUGCAGCAGGAAGCAUUGGACAAGCCAGCGGGGACCUGCUCCGUCACAUGGGGGAGGGCGAGACUGAUGAGAAGUUCCAGGACACCCUGAUGAAUCUGGCUAAAGCGGUGGCCAAUGCAGCUGCUAUGUUAGUCCUGAAGGCCAAGAACGUGGCCCAGGUGGCCGAGGACACCAUAUUGCAGAACCGAGUGAUCGCAGCUGCCACUCAGUGUGCCCUUUCCACCUCGCAGCUGGUAGCCUGCACCAAGGUGGUGAGUCCAACCAUCAGCUCCCCAGUGUGUCAGGAGCAGCUUGUUGAGGCUGGGAAACUGGUGGACCGUUCUGUUGAGACCUGCGUAAAAGCUUGCCGCUCGGCCAAUGACGACGGCGAAUUGCUGAAACAAGUCGCUGCAGCAGCUGGGGUGGUCAGCCAGGCCCUCAGCGACCUUCUGCAACACGUCCGUCACUACGCCAGCUGCGGAGAGCCCAUCGGACGCUACGACCAGGCCACAGACACGAUUAUGAACGUGACUGAAAAUAUUUUCACUUCCAUGGGUGAUGCUGGUGAAAUGGUGCGACAGGCCAGGGUGUUAGCCCAGGCCACCUCUGAUUUGGUCAAUGCAAUGAGGUCAGACGCCGAGGCAGAAGUUGAUGUUGACAACUCGAAAAAGCUGCUCGCUGCAGCCAAACUCCUGGCUGAUGCCACCGCUCGGAUGGUGGAAGCUGCUAAGGGUGCAGCCGCCUAUCCAGAGAACGAGGACCAGCAGCAGAGGCUAAGGGAGGCGGCCGAGGGGCUACGUGUUGCUACAAACGCUGCAGCUCAGAAUGCAAUAAAGAAAAAACUAGUUAACAGGCUAGAGAUAGCAGCUAAGCAGGCGGCGGCUGCUGCCACACAGACCAUCGCAGCUGCCCAAAAUGCUGCUGCUUCCAACAAAAAUACUGCUUCACACCAGCAGUUAGUGCACAGCUGCAAGGCAGUAGCAGAUAGUGUACCCCAAUUGGUGCAAGGAAUGAGGAGCAGCCAGGCUCAGCCUGAGGAGCUUGGCCCGCAGCUUACCCUUAUCAUGGCCAGUCAGAGCUUUUUGCAGCCUGGGAGUAAGAUGGUGGCAUCAGCAAAGUCAGCAGUUCCAACGGUGGCUGACCAGGCUGCCGCUAUGCAACUAGGCCAGUGUGCCAAGAAUUUAGCAACCUGCUUAGCGGAGCUCAGGACCGCCACCCAGAAGGCCCAUGAAGCUUGUGGUCCUCUGGAGAUAGACUCAGCUCUCAAGACUGUACAGACCCUCAAGAGUGAGCUUCAGGAUGCCAAGAUGUGUGUGAUUGAUGGCCAACUCAAGCCUCUGCCUGGAGAAACACUGGAAAAAUGUGCCCAGGAUUUGGGAAGUACCUCUAAGGCUGUCGGCUCCUCCAUGGCCCAGCUGCUGACAUGUGCUGCACAGGGCAACGAACAUUAUACAGGUGUUGCUGCCAGAGAAACGGCUCAGGCUCUGAGAACUUUGGCCCAAGCAGCCAGAGGUGUGGCAGCAAGCACCAAGGAGCCUCAGGCUGCAGCCGCAAUGCUGGACUCAGCCCAGUGUGUGAUGGAGGGCUCGGCCAUGCUGAUCCACGAGGCCCAUCAGGCUCUGGUUCACCCAGGAGAUGCAGAGAGUCAGCAGAGACUUGCACAGGUAGCCAAAGCGGUGUCACACUCCCUUAAUAACUGUGUGAAUUGCCUGCCGGGCCAGAAGGAUGUUGAUAUGGCCCUCAGGAGCAUUGGAGAGGCCAGCAAGAAGCUGCUGGUAGACUUUCUCCCUCCCUGCAGUAAGACAUUCCAGGAGGCCCAGACUGAUCUGAACCACACAGCUGCAGAACUAAACCAUUCAGCAGGCGAAGUCGUCCACUCCUCUCGUGGGACAAGCAGCCAGUUGGCUGCAGCGUCGGGGAAGUUCAGCCAAGACUUUGAUGAGUUCCUGGAUGCUGGCAUUGAGAUGGCAGGACACACCCAAAGUAAAGACGACCAGAUCCAGGUGAUUGGUAAUCUGAAAAACAUCUCCAUGGCGUCCAGUAAGCUGCUGCUGGCUGCUAAGUCCCUGUCCGUGGAUCCGGGCGCAGCCAACGCAAAGAAUCUUCUAGCUGUAGCAGCAAGGGCGGUGACGGAGAGUAUUAACCAGCUGAUAACGCUAUGUACCCAGCAAGCAGCGGGACAGAAGGAGUGUGACAAUGCCUUGAGGGAGUUGGAGGCUGUCAGAGGUCUCCUAGACAACCCCAACGAGCCUGUGAGCGAACUCUCCUACUUUGACUGCAUUGAGAGCGUCAUGGAGAACUCAAAGGUCCUGGGAGAGUCGAUGGCAGGCAUUUCUCAACACUGCAAGACAGGUGAUGUUCGAGCCUUUGGGGAAAGUGUGAGUUUAGCAUCCAAAGCCCUGUGUGGUCUGACAGAGGCGGCAGGACAGGCGUCUUAUCUCGUCGGCGUUUCGGAUCCCCACAGUCAGUCAGGUCACGAAGGACUGGUGGACCCCAUUCAGUUUGCACGCGCCCAUCAAGCUAUACAGAUGGCUUGUCAGAACUUAGUGGACCCAGCCAGUAGCCCCUCACAGGUCUUGUCUGCAGCAACAAUUGUAGCCAAGCACACCUCGGCUCUCUGUAACGCCUGCCGCCUAGCUUCCUCUAAAACCUCCAACCCGGUGGCUAGGAGGCAGUUUGUCCAGUCAGCCAAAGAGGUGGCCAACACCACAGCCAACCUGGUCAAAACCAUCAAGGUCAACUCCCCAACUGAUCAAAACGCUCUGGAUGGAGAUUUUUCCGAGGAGAACAAAAGCAGGUGCCGGGCUGCCACAGCUCCACUCCUCGAGGCUGUAGAAAACCUGUCAACCUUUGCCAACAACCCUGAGUUUGCAAGCAUCCCAGCUCAAAUAAGUAACGAGGGCUCAGCAGCGCAGGAGCCUAUUGUCCGUUCGGCCCGCUCAAUGCUCGAUAGCUCCACUUACCUGAUAGAAACGGCACGCUCGCUGGUCCUCAACCCCAAAGAUCCCCCUACGUGGUCCAUUUUAGCCGGUCACUCCAGGACAGUCUCGGACUCCAUCAAAAGUCUCAUCACCUCCAUUAGGGACAAGGCACCAGGACAGAGGGAGUGUGAUUACUCUAUUGACAACAUUAACAAGUGUAUCCGGGACAUUGAGCAAGCUUCUCUGGCUGCAGUUGGCCAGACUCUGCCUUGCAGAGAUGAUAUCUCCAUGGAAGCGCUCCAGGAGCAGCUGACAUCCUCAGUGCAAGAGAUUGGUCAUCUGAUUGAUCCUGUCUCCACAGUAGCCCGAGGCGAAGCCGCCCAGCUCGGGCACAAGGUGACCCAGCUCGCCAGUUACUUUGAUCCUCUCAUUGUGGCAUCAGUCGGGCUGGCUUCAAAGCUCCAAGACCAUCAGCAGCAGAUGACCAUCCUGGACCAGACGAAAACCCUCUCAGAGUCAGCCCUGCAGAUGCUCUACGCUGCCAAGGAAGGCGGAGGAAACCCCAAGGCAUGUCACACGCAUGAUGCCGUCUCCGAGGCAGCCCUGCUGAUGAGAGAGGCCGUGGACGACAUCAUGGUGACGUUGAAUGAAGCUGCGAGUGAGGGCGGCAUGGUCGGGGGCAUGGUGGAGGCCAUCGCCGAGUCCAUGUGCACGCUGGAUGAAGGAACGCCUCCAGAACCAGAGGGCUCUUUUGUGGACUACCAGACCACCAUGGUGAAGUUCUCCAAGGCCAUCUCCAUCACUGCACAGGAGAUGAUGACUAAGUCAGUAACCAGCACAGAAGAGCUUGGUGGCCUUGCCUCUCAGGUGACGGUGGACUACGGACAGCUCGCCCACCAAGGACGCCUUGCUGCAGCCACUGCAGAGCCAGAGGAGGUUGCUUUCCAAAUAAGGACACGGGUGCAAGAAUUAGGGCAUGGCUGCAUUUGUCUGGUCCAGAAGGCUGGAGCGCUGCAGCUCAGCCCCUCCGACAGUUUCUCCAAACGGGAGCUCAUUGAGUGUGCCCGAGCAGUCACAGAAAAGGUGUCCUUGGUACUGUCAGCACUGCAAGCAGGAAACAAAGGCACCCAGGCCUGCAUCACAGCAGCCAGCGCCGUUUCUGGGAUCAUCGCUGACCUGGACACCACCAUCAUGUUUGCCUCAGCUGGAACCCUGAGCCCUGAGAAUGAAGAGUGUUUUGCUGAUCACAGGGAAAGCAUCUUGAAGACAGCCAAGACGCUGGUGGAGGACACCAAGCUGCUGGUCGCGGGAGCUGCGUCCAGUCAGGAGAAAUUGGCUCAGGCUGCCCACUCAUCGGCCAAGACAAUCACUCAGCUCACUGAGGUGGUCAAACUGGGAGCUACCAGCAUGGGCUCUGAGGACCCCGAGACACAGGUGGUGCUGAUAAACGCAGUCAGGGAUGUGGCCAAGGCCCUGGCAGAACUCAUCGGUGCCACUAAAUGUGCCGCUGGCAAACCACCUGACGACCCCUCCAUGUAUCAGCUGAAGAGCGCUGCAAAGGUUAUGGUGACCAACGUGACGUCCCUUCUAAAAACAGUGAAGGCCGUGGAGGAUGAGGCCACUCGUGGGACGAGGGCACUGGAGGCCUCCAUUGAGUACAUCAAGCAGGAGCUGACAAAUUUCCAGUCCAAGGACGUCCCAGAGAAGUCCACUUCGCCCGAGGAGUUCAUCCGCAUGACAAAGGGCAUCACCAUAGCAACAAGCAAGGCAGUAGCUGCAGGCAACUCCGCUCAGCAGGAGGAUGUGAUCGCCACGGCCAACCGUAGCCGCAAAGCCAUCUCUGACAUGCUGACUACCUGCAAGCAAGCAGCACACCAUCCUGAAGUGGGGGAAGAGUCAAGAAGCAAGGCCUUGCAGUUUGGUUCUGAGUGCACAACUGGAUACAUCAACCUUCUGGAGCAAGUACUGCAGGUGCUGCAGAGACCCACACUGGAGCAGAAGCAGCAGCUGGCUGUGCACUCUAAGCAUGUGGCGGUGUGUGUGACAGAGCUCGUCCAGACAGCUGAGGCCAUGAAAGGAUCAGAAAGCGUGGACCCCGAGGACCCCACCAUCAUCGCUGAGACCGAGCUUCUCGGUGCAGCAGCAUCCAUUGAAGCUGCAGCCAAGAAACUAGAGCAGCUCAAGCCCAGGGCCAAGCCCAAGCAGGCAGAUGAGACUCUGGAUUUUGAGGAACAGAUUCUCGAAGCUGCAAAGUCCAUUGCCGCGGCAACCAGCGCGCUUGUUAAAUCUGCAUCAGCAGCUCAGAGAGAACUGGUGGCGCAAGGCAAGGUGGGAUCCAUUCUAGCUAAUGCAAUAGAUGAUGGCCAGUGGUCACAGGGCCUUAUAUCAGCUGCGCGUUUGGUAGCGGCUGCCACCAGUAACUUGUGCGAGGCAGCGAAUGCCUCGGUCCAGGGCCACGCCAGCGAGGAGAAGCUCAUCUCCUCAGCCAAGCAGGUUGCGGCCUCCACCGCUCAGCUGCUGGUAGCCUGCAAGGUGAAGGCAGACCAGGACUCUGAAGCCAUGAGGAGGCUACAGGCCGCUGGCAACGCUGUGAAGCGAGCUUCCGACAACCUGGUGAAGGCAGCUCAGAAAGCAGCGUUUGACAAGACGGAUGAUGACAGUGUUGUGGUAAAGACGAAAUUUGUUGGAGGCAUUGCUCAGAUUAUCGCAGCUCAGGAGGAGAUGCUGAGGAAGGAGCGGGAGCUGGAGGAAGCGCGGAAGAAGCUGGCUCAAAUCCGACAGCAGCAAUACAAGUUCCUGCCCAGUGAGCUGAGAGAGGACGAGGGCUGAUCAGCUGAGCAGAUCGGAUGCGAGCUGAUGUGCAAAUGAGACCUCCUUGUCAGGAGGAGAUGUUGCCAAUGUGCUAUCAGCUUCUUUGCUGUCACAAAACCAAUGACUUUACAGCACUUGAAACAGGCUUGUUUGGUGAGAAAAACAAGUGCCUGUGCUCUCUGUGUAUUUGUGGGAGUGUGUGCGUAUGUGUGUGGUAUGUGUUUGUCAUUGACAUUAAGACGGUUGGUAUUGUGAGCAACCUGCAGCAGUUGGAUUCAGUUCUGUGAUAAAUGUUUCUUUGCUUUGUUGGUGAUAGUGCUUCUUGAGUAUUACUGACUGUUACAAUUAUGAAUCAAAGAUAUCUCAAAUGCAGAAUUCCUCUAUAACCACUGAAUGUUCUGUAACUGUUGAGGAUUUAGAGCAAAUAUGAUGAACUAAUGAUAGUUCUGCAACUAAAGACUCGUGUAGCUCGUGUUUGAAAUGUAAAACUCCUCCAAGGAUUAAUAUAAAGGCAGGAAGGCGAUGCCUCUUUUCACCACUGACUUGCAUGCACCAUAAUCUCCAAACAUAUCAAGAAAGCUACUAACCAAUAGAGUAGUAUAGAGCCAAAAGGAGCUUGCAUUUUACUAAAAACGCAAAUCUGGGAAUCACUGUUAAAUCAGCAAAUCUUUAAAAAAAAUCAAUGAUUUAGAGUGGGUGGGUGAUCUAUCUCGACGCCACAGGGAAGUUCUGACUGAGCAGACUGACGAGUUAAAAUAACACCGUAGCCCAACACUUUUUUACAAUCGGACAAACUUCAAGAAAUUGUUAAAAAGCAGAAGGGUGUAAUGUGUAUUAUUCAGAGUCUGGACAAAAUAUGACCAAAUAUGUCUCACUGUUGGUACAUUAUUUAACUUAAUGUAACGCCACAGAGCUGCAUAAGGUAAUAUGAGUAUGUUUACAUUAUUUAUAAGGGUUUUUUUCUCUUUUGUCUUCAUGUUUGAAUUCUUCCACUAUUUUCACUGGUCAAAUUUCGUUUAAGUGCCCGAUACUGUACACAGACACGCUCGCAUACAGUCAUUUUCCUCCACGAAGUAAUUUCAUUUUUCGACCUACACCUGUAACAUCUACGGCAAUAUAUUACUCAUAUUCAAGACAGAUAAUAAUGAGUCUGCGCUGUCUUUGGUAAGAAACGAGUUGUUUGCAAUGUUUCUGGGUUCUUGAAUUAAAUUAGCAUACAUUAUGCUGUGAAUCUAAUGAUAUUUUUUGCACUGAAGACAGAACUUUUAAGCUUCCAUGAGAUGAAACCUCCAAAUAAACUAAAAGUAAAUAGUUUCAUGCCCUUAUUAAAUAAAGGUGUUUUCUUCUUCUUUUCCUUUUUAAAUCAGCUUGAUUAAAUAUAUAUAGCUGUAUAUUUUAAAAUGAUCAGCAGUUCAUGUCCUCAGUCUGUCCAUGCCUGUGUCUGGUCUGCAUUGAAUAUUAGUGCCUUACUUCUGCCCUGCGAGCGGCUGAAGACCGGGCUGGUGAGAGCCUGAGCCUCGUCCUCUCUGGAUCAGAACAUUAUGCCAAUCUAAUCCCACCUGGGGUGUUAAUAAACAAGUGUUUUGCUAUACAGCACAAUGCCUUGGCUGUUGGCCUACCUGCCGAUUAUGUCGUGAGGCUGAUAUAAAAGAGCAUCCGUGGACACUUUAGAUUUAGAGACUAACACUAGACUGCAGUCAAUGAGCAUGUGACAAUUUGUGUUUGAAGGUGAGAAGUUGUUGAAAUUCAUUUUUGCCAAGUCCCUCUUCAAUGUUGAGCUGAAUUAGUUCCUUAUUUCAUCGUCCAACCACUAAGAACAAAACGUUUUUAAUCUGUAAAUAUAAGAAUGACCCUAAAGUAUACUGUCUUCUGAUUUGUCCAACUAUUAACGGCGAUACAGUAAGAGUUACUCGUUCUGUUAUGAAUAGAUGUUGUGUUUUUUCUUUAACCAACCACGUGGGAUUUAUGAUUUGAUGCUGUAUGUACAAUAUUUAUCUGGUCACAAAGGUAUUUUUUGUAUCCACUAAAAAUAAAGA